AUGGGUCCACCAUCGAAACGCCGCAAAGUCGAAAACGAUGUCGAGAUUGUUUUUGAUCCCACCGAGCGGGAGAAAUACCUUACCGGAUUCCACAAACGGAAAGUGGAGCGAGCCACCAAAGCUAGGGAGAAGGCAAUCGAAAGAGAAAAGGAAGAGUUGAGGCAACAUCGGAGAGAGAUCCGUGAGGAGAGAAAACGGGCGUUAGUAGAGCACGUAAACACGGUUAAUACCCUCAUCCAUGGCGAAGAGCACGGGAAGAAUACCAAUGGAACGCUCGAAUCUGCCGACGAAGACACUGUUCCAGACAAAACCGGGAUUGUCGACAGUGCUCAAGCCGAAUACGAGGACGACGAUGAGAUCACAACAGUCACGGUGGAUCCCGUAAACGUAACCAGGGACGGGUUACUGAAGAUCGGAUCCGGAGAGGAGUCGGGGGAUGAAGUGGGAACUCAUCAGAAGGACGGUGAUGACGAGGACGGCGAUGGCAAGGAUGGCAAGGGUGGCAAGGAUGGCAAGGAUGGCAAGGACGUGGUCAAAGACCGUAAAAGGUCACGCUUUGCAAGAUCCAAGGGAAAGACGGGGGGUGGCGAUAAGAGUCUCAAGACGAGAAAGAAAAGGUUCCGAUACGAGAGCGUUGGCGAACGGGCACAUGGAAGGCGCAAAGAAAAGCAGAAGAAAUCUGAUCAUGCUAAGCAGAGACGAGGGAAGUAA